CGGAGCAGAGGAAGCGGCGGCGGACCGGGCGGGCGCGGAGGCUGGACCGGCACCGGCAAGGCCAGGCCCACGGCCGCUCUUCGCGCCCCCUCGGCGUCCCGGCCUCGGCGGGAGGUGCGGCCGCCCGGCCGCCGCGAUGCCCUUCCUGCACGGCUUCCGGAGGAUCAUCUUCGAGUACCAGCCGCUGGUGGAUGCCAUUCUGGGCUCCCUGGGCAUCCAGGACCCCGAGCGCCAGGAGCCCCUGGACGGGCCCAGCUACGUGCCCAGCGAGGAGAGCCGGCUCCUUGUGCUCACGGAGCUCCUGGAGAGAAAGGCCCACUCCCCGUUUUACCAGGAAGGCGUGAGCAAUGCGCUGCUGAAGAUGGCCGAGCUGGGGCUGACCCAGGCGGCCGACGUUCUCCUGCGGAACGGGGCCAACCUCAACUUUGAAGACCCGGUCACCUACUACACGGCCCUGCACAUCGCUGUCCUGCGAAACCAGCCUGACAUGGCGGAGCUGCUGGUGCGCCAUGGGGCCGACAUUAACCGGAGGGACCGGAUCCACGAGAGCAGCCCCCUGGACCUGGCCAGCGAGGAGCCGGAGCGCCUGCCCUGCCUGCAGCGCCUCCUGGACCUUGGGGCCGACGUCAAUGCAGCCGACAAGCAUGGGAAGACUGCUCUGCUCCACGCUCUGGCCAGCAGCGACGGCGUGCAGAUCCACAACACCGAGAACAUCCGGCUGCUGCUGGAGGGAGGCGCAGACGUGAAGUCGACCACCAAAGACGGGGACACCGUGUUCACCUGCAUCAUCUUCCUGCUCGGGGAGACGGUGGGAGGGGACAAAGAGGAAGCCCAGAUGAUCAACCGCUUCUGCUUCCAAGUCACGCAGCUGCUGCUGGCCCACGGGGCCGACCCCAGCGAGUGCCCGGCCCACGAGUCGCUCACGCACAUCUGCCUCAAGAGCUUCCAGGUGCACUUCCCUCUCCUGCGCUUCCUGCUCGAGUCCGGAGCCGCCUACAACUGUUCCCUGCACGGAGCGUCCUGCUGGUCCGGCUUCCACGUCGUCUUCGACAGGCUCUGCUCCCACCCGGGCUGCGCCGAAGACGAGAGCCACGUGGACCUCCUGCGCAAAGCCGAGACCGUCCUGGACCUCAUGGUGACCAACUCCCGAAAGCUGCAGCUGCCGGAGAACUUCGACAUCCGUCCUGUGGGCAGCCUGGCAGAGAAGAUCCGGGCCCUGCACGCCUCCCUGAGGCAGCUGGAGAGCUACCCCCCGCCCCUCAAGCACCUGUGUCGCGUCUACAUCCGGCUCUCCCUGCAGCCGUGGCCCGUGGAUGCCAAGGUGCAGGCGCUGCCUCUGCCCGACAGGCUGAAGUGGUACCUCCUCAGUGAGCACAGCAGCCCCGUGGAGGCCGACGUCUGACCGCUCCAGACCCAAGGGGCAGGGCCCGGGCCCCUCAGCCAGCCCGUCGGUGGACUGACGUCCCGGCGCGGCCUUGGGGGAGCCUUCGGUCCUGCCUGUCAGAAGGCGCAGGCUGGUACAAGGGGAGCCGGCAGCUGCGGUCAUUCCUGUGGGCAAGGCUGUGUCUUUCGGGGAGACGGCCCCCAUCCCUUUGACAGUGACCCAGUUCUCGACCCACAUGGGGAAAAUGACAGGGCUUUGAUUUGGGACAAGCGUGAGAGGACUGGUGGGCAUUCUGAGCGCAGGACUCCUGUGAGCUGCAUGGACAGAGCUGAAGCCAGAAGGAACCGGGUGGGCCUUGGCGGGUGCAGCCCAGGCGAGGCCCUUUACUCCCCAGAAGGGCUUUGUGGGCUGGGGACGAAGCUGAGCUGCUUCCUGCUGGCGGCCAGGCCACCUGCGGCCCCGCCCACCCGGGAACAGGGCUGUGCCAAACCCAGGGCGUGGGGACCAUGCCCUCUGCUAAAAAGCAAUCAUGCAUGACCAGGGACAUCCCAAAAUGUCUCAUCUGAGGGCGAAAGCUACCAGCACUGAAGGCUGACUGUCCGGCCUAGUGCGGAGCCUCACAAAGCUAUCACGUUGGUCCUUGUGAAUUGUGUAAAUGCCUCAGAAAUAAGCUAAGGCAACUAAAUGGCAUAUUUAUAUUACCUAAUUAAACUGACUUCUCUUGGCCUUAAAAGGCCCUUGAUAACAUUUCUGCCCCCCUGGCCCCCCCACCCCCCCCAUUUCAGGAUGACGGACCCACAGCGUCCUGGAAGAAGGGGUCAGCAGGAACAGACACUGCAUUAGGGCUCAAGUAACAACACUCGUCCCAUAAAAAAAGCACUCCAGACCUGUGGGGCCUUC